AUGGCUGCCAACGAGAUAAUGGCGCCGACAGUCAAUGCUAACUGUCAAUACUCGACCCGAUAUUGCUGGGAAGCUGAAAAAGUCAAAUCAUUGAUCAGAUUACGAGCUGAACUCUCACCACUCUUCACGGGCAAAAGAAACGCCUCGAAAUAUGCCUGGGCCGUGGUCGAGCGCGAACUUAAUGUGCCGCUGCCGCUGUCGAAGAUCAUCAAGAAAUGGAACAAUCUGCUGCAGGAGUACAAGGCCAUCAAAAUGUCCGAGGAGCCGAAGCGACGGGAGUGGCCAUUCUUCACGCUGAUGGACGUGUACUUCAGCGACCAGGUGAACGAUCCCUCGUUGCGCCUCUUCUCGUCCACAAAGACGCUCAAGGAGACACUGGACGACAGCGUGUUCGAGGAUGAUCCAAUCAUUGCGUCAGCCAUAGCGGCAGCCACCAGCGGCGCCUACAUGGAAAUCGAUGAGCUGAUCAGGCGGCAGAAGGAGCGCGCCGCCUUGGCUGCCGAGCGCAAGCUGGCAGCGGCGGCCAGCGGCGCCAGUGGCGACUAUAAGUACGAUCUGAAGCCUAUGCUGGGCAAUAGCAACAGCAGCAACAAGUUCAACAGCAACAGCGAUAUGGUGAAGCUCUCCAAGAGCGUCGACGACUUGUCCAUGCAACAGUACAAGAUUAAGCAGGAGCUGAUGCGUCAGCGCGAGCAGGAGCAGCAGGAGAACAUGGUCAAGAUCAAGCAGCAUGCACGCCAACAGCAGCAGCAGCAGCAGCACCAGCAACAGCAGCAGCAGCAGCAACAACAGCAGCAACAACAUCACCAGGCUCAGCAGCAGCAGCAGCAGCGGUUCAUGAGCCACCAGCCGUCACUUUCGCCGCAUCCGCAUCGCCUGUCCUCGUCGUCGACGCCGCCAGGACUGCAGCAUGCACUGCAGCAGCAGCAGCAACUGUUGCAGCAGCAACAGCAACAUUUACAGCAGCAUCUGCAGCAGCAGCAGCAACAGGCUCAGCUGCAACAACAGCAGCAGCAGCAGCAGCAGCAUCAUCAUCAGCUCGCUCAUCCUCAUCAGCCACCCACGCCGCGUCCCAGCUCGCCGCCAACUACCGCUCAACAGAUCCACAUCACAGCCACACAGCAUCAGGCAGCCCAGCAGCAGCUGCAGCAGCAACAGCAACAGCAACAGCAGCAGCAACACAAGCAACAGCAACAGCAGCAGCAACAGCCCUACACCGAUCCCAACACCAUCGAUCAGUAUCUGUUGUCGUGGAACAAUUUCCAUGGCAACAUGUGCCGCGGCUUCCACUCCCUGCAGAAGGAUGAGAAGAUGGUGGACGUGACCAUAGCAGCAGGUGGCAAGAUCUUUAAGGCGCACAAACUGGUGCUGUCCGUUUGCAGUCCCUACUUCCAGCAGAUCUUCCUCGAGAAUCCGUCCAGUCAUCCCAUUUUGCUGAUGGCCGACGUCGAGGCCAGCCACAUGGCCGGCUUGCUGGACUUCAUGUACAGCGGCCAGGUGAACGUCAAGUACGAGGACCUGCCUGUCUUCCUCAAGGUGGCCGAGGCCAUGAAAAUCAAGGGACUACACACAGAGAAAAAUUUGGACAGCGAUGCCAGCGAUAUUGGCUCGCCACUUGAAAGCGACGGCACCGAGUGCCGUUACGAGCGGGGCACGCAUAGCGUCAAUAUAACCAGCGGCCAUGCCGCUGGCUAUGGUGCCACAGCACUGGAGCAGCCCACGCUGAACGGACCCAGCCGUUGCCCCACGCCGCUGUCGCUGACCAAGGAUCAGGGCUAUGCUGGCUUCCGUGAGCACAUCAAGUCGAAGGCAACGCUGGCUGAGAGCUUUAUGAAGAAUCUUAAUCGCAACAACAACAACAACAACAGCAGCACCAACAACAACAACAACUUCAACAACAACAACAACGUCAGCAGUCCAGCUGUGGCCGACGCCGAGAGCAACUCGUUUGCGAUUCUGCAGGCGAACAGCAAGAAAAUGCUCGACUCGGCACGCAAGCAGCACAAGUACCUGGCCAAGCGCAAGAUCCUGAUGCACUACAACGCAGAGCUGGGCGGCGAGAAGCGGCUGAAGGAGAUGGACCGGGAGCGCUAUCCCAGCGCCGAGCGCAAUGCCGAUGCACUGAACAACAAUCACGCCUACGCCAACAGCCAGGAUAUUUUGGAGCCCAUCACAACGAUUGUGCCAAGGACGCCGGAGCCGCAGCCGCCGCCAGCUACGCACAACAACAACUCGUUUAAGAUACGACUCGUGGAGAGUCAUCAUUUGACCAACAGCAACAAGAGCACCGGCAACAACAACAACAACAACAACAACAACAACAGCAGCAGCAGCAACAGCCAGCCUGAUGACGAGGAAGCUUUGAAUCUGGUACAAACGCCCAAUCUCAAUGGCAAUCGGGCACGCCCACAAACACCAACACCUCCGCCUGAUAUACAGCUGGUGAAGCGUGAAGUGGAGCUUGAGGCGUCGCCAGGUGAGGCCACAAGCAACAACAACAACAACAACAAUGGACAUGAUGAAGAUCUCGCUGCCUAUGAGCGCAAAUACGACGACAACAACAACAAUCGCGGCCUGGACAUGGAGACCGAUUCGAACAACAACAACAGCAGCAGCAGCGGCAAGGGCAACAACGAGACAAACAACAACAACAACAAUGGCAUCGGAGCCGGACUAGCAUUGGCGCUGGGCAAGCACAAGUUGUUAAAUGCAAUCAAUCGGAGUCUGGAACUGGAGCAGCAACAAGCUGCCGAUGGUGGCAACAACAACAACAAUAUCAACAACAGCAGCAUCAAUGGAGAGCACGACAACGAUGACAACAACAAUCACAGCCAACAUCUAGACUUGAGCACCAUCAAGAAUAUAGCCACGGCUGAGAUAUUAUGCGGCCUAAAGAGCAAGGUGCUCAAGCUGGAGGAAGAGCAGCGCGAGCGUGAGAGAGAGCGAGAGCGAGAACGCGAACGCGAGCGCGAGAGAGAGGCCUGUCGCAGUCUAAGCGAGAUUAAGAACGCUGAUUGAUGCGAUAGGCUGUUUUAGGGGCGGGGCUUAUA